UAGGCAAUGUUUAAAAAAUCAAUACGAUGGCCACAACGUGCGGGAAUUCGUUAAAGUUUAGCAACCGUUAUUAGUCAACGAUGUCGGGGCGUUGUGCACUCGGAUUGAAAGCCAUUAACUCGCCGGGACUGCCGCCGCAGUGACAAAAUGGCCAACUAAACGGAACGCGUGUGCGAAAUCAGAAAAACGCCUGUCCGAAGCAUCAGCAAGGCACCAAGUGAUGGCUUCUUCCUCUUCCUCUGCGCGUGGAAACAACAAAGGUGCCACGGGUCCUGCUUCCUCUUCAUCGUCAGCUCCUGCUCCCGCUCCCGCUACCGCUACCGCUCCCGCUGCCGCUACUACUACUGCUCCACCUCCUCCUUCCGCUCCACCAGUUGUGUCACUCAGCGACCUGAUUGGCCAGCAACUGAAGCAGCUUAAUCCGGAGGAUUUGCUAUACAAGGAUGAGCUGCAGCUGGUUCUGCUCUUAACCCCCGUGCAACGCCGAAGGCUCAGCCGAGACUUGGACUUGGAUGGCGAUAUAGGGGCCAGCACCUCGACGGCGCCACUUUCCCGUCCGGAGAAUGCCGAGGAGGAUGAUGACCUGAUUGGAGCUGUGGGCGGUUUGAGUAUUUCGUCCCCGAAUGCACCAGCAACAACCACGACCAAGGAACCACUGCUGGAUUUUAGAACACACGUACUCAAAUGGUUUCAACAUCUGCGCCACCAAACGGGCCACUUCAAGUCGGAGGAGGAGUCGCGUCGCCUCCGGGAGGCUGGCAACGAUUCGUACCGCAAGGAGAGGCAUCCGCUCAAAGCCAGCGAUCUGUUCACGGAGGCCAUAUUCCUGGCCCCGGCCCGGAAUACACUGGCAGCCGCUCUGGCCCAUGCCAAUCGCUCCCUGGUCCUGUACGACUGUGGCCUAUAUGCGGAAUCCUAUGACGACUGCCUAUGCGCCCUGGAUUUAGGUUAUCCGGAAGAGUAUUUGCCAUUGAUUAAGCUGCGCCAAGCCGCCUGUGCCUUAAAAAUGCGUAACUUUGCGCUCUGUGAGGAGCAUUUGCACGAGCUCCUUCACAUUGAACUGAACCAGGUCUUUGAAACACGCACCCACGAGCUCUGGCACCAAUGUGAGGUGCUCAAGGUGGAGCGAUUCGAGAUGGCAGUGCAAACGGGAGAUGAUCUGGAUACCAACGAUUCGAAACCAUUUGAAAUUGCCUGGUUGGACAACUCAUCGUCGCUGCACACCACCCGAGCUGUGGCCAAGAACGCUCUGAUCUUCGAGUCCGAAGCGAUGGCGAUGGUGCCGAGUGGAAGCUGCCGCGUGUGCGACUACUGCGGAAUCACCCAAUUUAUUCCGUUUCCCUGCAUUUACUGUUCCAACCGCCUGGUGGUCUACUGUUCACGUCAGUGCCGCUUCAAACAUGCUGCGAUCCAUGCCGUGGAGUGUUUUGGCCACCAGAUCGAGUUGUUCGAGUCGUUUGGCGACAUCUUUGGGAUGCCACGUCUGCUGCAGCUCGCCUUUCGGAUGCUGAUCACGGGACUGCCGGAGCUGCUGGUCCAUUGUCGAAAGAAACCCACGCUGAGUAAGCUGUGGUCGGCAAUUAAUGGCGGACUUGUGGAGAGGCAGGACAUCGCCUACAGUGCUGUGCUGCGUUUGGAACACCUAAGGGAGGAGCAGGCCUCGGAGACUGUGAUUACGCUGGCCCUAACCUCGCACAUACUGGCCAUUUACCUGAGCAAGUGCACCACAUUCUUUGAGAAACUGGAGAAGAGCCUGCCAACGGCAUCCCGAAUGUCUAGCGCGGAAUGGGAGCUGCUCUGUGCCGCAUUGUUGAUGCGACACAUUGGCCAGCUGCGUCACAGGUCGCUGACCCUGUGCCGUUCCUUCGUCCUGCCCACAGAUCCGCAUGUCUUCUCGCCGCUCAAUGAGUUCCAGCUGUGGGCAGCUCCCAUGCGCCUGCAGGAGGGUCACCUCCAUCUGCUGGCCGGCGAGGUGGCAGUGGUUUCGUAUGCCGUCUACCCCGAAACACUGAGUCUGUGUCGUCACAGUUGUUCCUCCACGAUCUGCACCAAGUUCUCGGGCCGAAAGAUAACUGCUCUAGCUCUGCUUGAUCUGCCAGCGGGAUCCGGUAUAUACAAUUGCUUUGCCGGUGGAAAUUUCCAACAAUUGCGACGAGAGGAGCGUAGCAAACUUCUCAAGGAGCGCGGCAUUAGAUGCCAUUGCACCGCCUGCCAGCUCUCACACACGGAGGAUCAAUUUCACAAAUUCCAUCGCUAUCGUUGUGAUAACCCAAAGUGCAUGGAAAUCUUUACCCUCGACUCGAUGCCGCAUGCCCCAAACCUGCGCUGGUGGCUGUCCGAGGAGUAUACCCAGCCGGAGUACAAUGGCGCCGAGUUGAUCGUGUGUCCCCACUGCAGUGAGCCCCAGAAACUGGAAUGGUUUUGGGCCUUCAACACGGCACUCAUCGACUGCGAACUUAUAGAGGAGCGAUGCAAACUUUAUGCGGCCAUUGAACGGGCAGAGAAUCAGCUAAUGGAGCUUCAUGAGUGCAAGGUGGCUCUGGCAAGGCUGCUGCUGGAGCAGUGCCUUAUGGUGCACCGUGAAGGGGCAACCGUGCUAGACGACUGGGAAUUCAACAAACUUGGCUCCAUCAUGCGCUCCGUUCUGCCCAGCGUGAUGGCCCAGUAUGGCGGGCAGUCGAUCGAAUAUGUAAAGUACUUCGCCUACUUCUGGGACGUGAUGGCCCUGAGCAACUACAAGUGCAACGACCGGGAGCUAAUGCAAAUGCUAAACGCUUUGGAAUUCAUCGCCGAUGAGUUCAAGGAUAUAUUCAUUAACUACUAUGAGGAUUAUAUUGCGCCCAAAUUUGCUGAAGAGUCCUAUGGCAGUGUCGUAGAUACGCAAGUUUAGAAAAUGAAAUCAAAAAACAAUGAAACAAGCAAACAAGCAAACUUAAAUUAACUUAGAUUUAUUUUACUCUGUAGAGAAUCCAAAAUAACAAACACACACAAAAAGCUAGGAAAAUUCUAUUGUUGACCCCUAUGAAACCUACCUAACAUACAUACUUUGUGCUAUUAUUCAAAAAAAUGGUGCUGAGAUAUUACAUUGUACGAAACGAAUGUUACAUUCAUUUAGGUGAUUAAGUCAAUGCAAUUCGGUGCGAGGGAGAGACGAAUCAGAAAACGAUCAUAUUAGUAGAGAGUCAUAUCAUGCACAUUAUGUUCAUAUCAUCUAGGAAAAUAUUAAUUAACUGAUUGAUGAUUAUAUAGCAAAUGACUUUUCAUUUUGCUUGGCGAGCAAUAUUUAUGAAUUAACAAAAGCUUCAAUUGCAAACUCCUUCGGAUUGGGUCACCUGUACUUACUUGUACUCUAAUCUAACAACUAACAGAGUCUUACCAAAGACAUUAUUAUGAUAAUAAGAAGGUGCACAACGCCAUAUGCACGAAAUUUAUCUAAGUAAAAAUGUGUGAGAAUUGAAGUCAGAUCAUGUGCAACAAAUGGCGUUACUCAUCUUGUCAUUUUAUGAUCUUUGGUCUUACAGUGAUCUAUUCGAAUGGGAGACCUUAAUCGUUGCAAUAAUCGACGCAAUCUAAGUGUAAGCCAUUAUUUAGCUUCUGAGAAGCUUUUACCUAAGCUUAGCCGCUGAUCUCGAUUGUUUUGCUACAGUUUAAAAAGAGAGUCGUAACACGAAAAAUUGUUUAAUCCCAAGUCCCUUCCUUAAUCACAUACAUAUGUAAUUGCUUGCCCAUCGGGCAGCCUGACUGUAAGCUUUUAAUGCUUAAAAAUCAGAUAGGAAUCAAACGCAAUCACUGCAGAAACAAACGACAAAACAAAUAAAUGAACAAUUUAAAUUUAAAUUUAUUAAUAUUCAGAUUGUACGAACGAAAUGAAAUGUUUUUCAGACCUCGCCUUAAUUUUUGAAAGUGUUUUGAGAAAUACCCUAAUUAUAACGACGACACAAAUUGAAAACAAAUACAAAACGCACUGAUAAAGCAUAGGCCAGGCUAAACACACACAAUGACAAACACACACACACACACAUACAAUCGGACACGC